CAAUUUUGAAACCCAGACAAGACAACGCAACUUACGUAUCUUCCACCAAAUACCUCUGACGUUUCUUCGAUUCCUAAAAAUAUUAUUCCCAAAAUUCCCUUUCCAUUUCAUCACAUGUAUUAAUUAUAUCCCAUCGUCGUGAACUCCAUUGCCAUCCCUCAAUUCUCGAACCCUACGAAUUCAUCUUUUUUUUUUCUUAUCGAAAUUCAAUUUGUGUAAGCUAGGGAUUUGUCCUGUGCAAUGUCGCAGAGCAGCGGAGACAGCAGUCGGGCGGGGCCGGACUUCAAUUUACCUGACGAGAUAUUAUCGGUGAUGCCUACGGACCCGUACGACCAGUUGGAUCUGGCGCGUAAGAUCACGUCUAUGGCAAUCGCGUCGCGGGUAACGAAAUUGGAAUCGGAAACGGGGAUGCUCCGGCAAAAGCUCCAGGACAAGGACCGGGUUAUUGUGGAGCUGGAAGACAAGUUAUCGCAGCUUGAGCAGGCCGCUCAAGAAGCUGAAUUCCGACUGAGAAUCACUUGUGAAGAUAAUAUGAAGCUAGCAAAGGAGAGAGACUCUUUGGCUUUGACAGCGAAGAAGCUGGAUCGUGAUUUGGCUAAGUUGGAGAAGUUCAAGAGACAGUUGAUGCAAUCACUAAAUGAUGAAAUUUCACCUCAGGCAGAAACUGUUGAUAUUGGCACUUAUGACCAAUCAGUUCCCAAUGGCCAUCCUGCAAAGGAUGACGAGGCAAAUGGAUUCAGAAGAAACCAUUCUGUUACCGGUUCUAUAGAAAGUACAAACAUUACUGAUAAUGUCCCUAAGCAAGUUGGACAUAGAUUUAUAACACCAUCCCUUGCUCCAAAAGCAUAUUCUACUAGUGUGUCUCCAAGAAGAUACUCGACUGCUGGAUCACCUCACAAAACCUCUGGUACCACCUCUCCAACAACCACUCAAUAUGGACGUGGUUCUCUUUCUUCAUGGUACCCAUCGAGUCAGCAGUCCUCGGCUGCAAACUCUCCACCUCGUGGACGCAUGAUACCAGGUAUGAGUACUCAAGAUUUUUUAUUUAUUUUUAUUAGCAUAUAGAAGUUACUGGUUACU